CUCUCUCUCUCUCUCAUGUCUUUCCUUUUUCUCCAUCGCUUCUCAUGGCGGUCAACGCAUCCUCACCAGCAGAAACCUCCGAAGACUCGUCACUCCUUGCCCUAGUCUCCAUUUCGAGUCCAAACUAGUAACCUCGAUCGCGACGGUUUUUGCAGCUCUCGAUCUCGGCGCGCCUGGCCGUGAAGUCGGCCCGGUUCGAUUCGAUUCGAUUUGGUUAGGGUUUAUGGGGAGGAUGGGAGUGAAUCCGAGGGCUUACUCUGCGAAUCCGAGCGACUACAAGCUUCUCGAGGAGGUCGGCUAUGGGGCCAGUGCCACAGUGUAUAGGGCGAUCUACCUCCCCCUCAAUGAGGUCGUCGCGGUCAAGUGCUUGGAUCUCGAUCGAUGCAACAGCAAUCUGGAUGAUAUACGUAGGGAGGCUCAAACAAUGUCUUUGAUAGACCAUCCAAAUGUCAUAAAAGCAUACUGCUCAUUUGUGGUCGAUCGUAAUUUAUGGGUAGUUAUGCCAUUUAUGGCUGAGGGGUCAUGUUUACAUCUCAUGAAGAUUGCAUACCCGGAUGGAUUUGAAGAAGCUGCUAUUUGUACCAUACUUAAAGAGACUUUGAAGGCUCUAGAGUACCUCCAUCGACAGGGGCAUAUACAUCGAGAUGUCAAGGCAGGAAAUAUACUACUUGAUACCAAUGGGGUUGUAAAGCUAGCUGAUUUUGGUGUUUCAGCAUGCAUGUUUGAUACAGGAGAGAGACAGCGUUCUAGAAAUACUUUCGUAGGGACUCCCUGUUGGAUGGCACCAGAGGUUCUACAGCCUGGGAGUGGAUAUAAUUCCAAGGCUGACAUUUGGUCAUUUGGAAUAACUGCACUGGAAUUGGCUCAUGGUCAUGCACCUUUUUCAAAAUACCCUCCUAUGAAGGUUCUGCUGAUGACCAUUCAAAAUGCACCACCUGGCCUUGACUAUGAUCGAGAUAAAAAAUUUUCAAAGCUUUUCAAAGAGAUGGUUGCCAUGUGCCUAGUGAAAGAUCAAACGAAGAGGCCGACUGCUGAGAAACUGUUGAAACACUCAUUUUUCAAGCAGGCUAAGCCUCCAGAAGUUUCUUUGAAAAAAUUAUGCGCCGACUUGCCCCCACUAUGGAAUCGUGUUAAGGCUUUGCAGCUUAAAGAUGCUGCACAAUUAGCUCUAAAGAAAAUGCCAUCAGCAGAGCAAGAAGCAUUAUCACAGAGCGAGUACAACAGAGGAGUCAGUGCCUGGAAUUUUGAUAUUGAGGAUUUAAAAGCCCAAGCAUCAAUGAUUAGAGAUGAUGAUGACCUCCCUGAGGAUAAGGAAGAGGAUGAGAUGAUAAAGACAUCUACAACCUCUGCCUGUGAUAAGGAUUCAAAUGAUUGCAGAUCUUCCUUGGGCCAACUGGGCACCAGCAGUGAAUUACUACCAGCUGAAAGCAAAGGAAACUUAAACGGGGAUGAGGUACCAUCAACUGAGUGCUUAAAUAGAAAGGGGAAGAUUCACCAAAGUGAUCUUGUGGAAUUUGCUCGUCCUGGAAAGGUUAGUUUGAAGAAAAAUGGUCGCAAUGAGAUGAUGCCAUCAACAUCGGAAAUGGAUUUAAAGGCCAAGGUUAAAUCUCAGACAAUGAAGAGUCGUCAAACUCAUAGUGGGCCUCUCAUGCAAAAUGUGGUGCUCGGCCAUUCACUUUCUGAUAAAAUCCGAACUUCUGAAAGGGGUGAGGGCGAAACUUUACAAGUGACAGAAAGAGCUAAGUCUGAAGCGCGAAGGGCACCGAGCUUUAGUGGUCCUCUAAUGCUCCCCAAUCGAGCUUCAGCUAACAGUUUGUCAGCUCCCAUAAAAUCUUCCGGAGGAUUUAGAGACUCUAUGGAUGAAAAGACGAAGGCUAACUUGGUGCAGAUUAAAGGACGAUUUUCAGUGACAUCUGAAAAUUUGGAUCUUGUAAAGGAUAUUCCAUUAGGUGCAGUUCCACGUCGAUCUUCACAGGGAUCGCCUCUAAGAAAAUCUGCCAGCGUUGGGGAGUGGAUAUUUGAAUCCAGGCAAAUGCCUAAUUGUCAGUCUUCAAAAGAGUUCAACUGCAGCAGUUUGCCUGCAAGUGUCAUAAUGCCUCAUCUUCAGAAUCUUUUCCUGCAAACCUCCUUGCAACAGGAGCUAAUUAUGAGUUUGCUGAAUAGCUUCCAAACUGCUGAGUUUGAUGCUACUCAAAAUGGAAAGUUGCCCCCGUUGCCUCGCAGUUUGGAAAACAAUGGAAUCGCUGAUUCGGCAGCUUCUCAGAGGGAACGCAUAUUGCUACUCAAGAUCUCAGAACUUCAAGCUAGGAUGGCCACCUUGACCGAAGAAUUGACUGCUGAGAAGUCAAAACACAUGCAGUUGCAACAGCAGCUAAGCACGUUAUCCAUCCCGGAAGAGAAUGGUGGUCAAAGCGAAGGGGAUGCUGAGAUUUGAUCUGGGUUCAUGGAAAUUUGUGUCACUAUGUACAUUUCAGCUACCAACUGUAAAUCACACAGGAAACGGUCUCACUCUUUGUCCCUUUGAAAAGACUUGGGCACAUUAGCGCGAGAAAGCAACAUAGCAAGCAUCCCAAGUUUCUCCCUGUACAACUAUGUUCAAUCUCAGACACAUCAACCACAAUCUGUCAAACCAGCGAAGAUGACGGGCUGUUCGGGGUUAAGCAUUAAAUUUAUGUAAGGACUUUCCUUGUUCUGCAGAAAGAAUUCUUUCGCAGUGGCCAUGAGGGGAAUCAAGUCCUGGGUUGAUAUUCUGUAUUUUUGUGUCCUGUAGUCCGUAUCAAUAUGUUCAACCAUGAUAUUUCAAGUUCAUCUGCUUAGCAAAAGAGAGAUUGUAUAGGUUGGGUUUGUAGAGAGUUGUAUCUGCUGUUUCGUUCCCUGUCAUUCUUUGUAAUGACUACGGAUUUUGUUGUCGUGUUUAAUACAUUUUGUGCUGUAAUAUUGAUGAAUAAAUGAAAUACUGACACGCCUACUGAUGGCUUCCCAUUUGA